GUCUUAGAUAAGAUUAGCUCACAGUUACACUCGAGAAUUAGGUUUAAGAAACACAUCUCUUCUUCAAAUGAUUAAAUAAUCAGUUAGCAGUCGGUUUUCGUUUUGUUAGAUAGAUUUCGUUCACAUAAUUUUUCUCUAAGAGACGUUCGCGUCCCUUAAAUAUGAACAAACCGGAAACGGGAGAUCCAGAUCCAAGUUCGCUGAAGCUUGUAAAAGAAGCAAAACCUUUAACAUGGAAGUUCUGGCAAAAGAGGCGCUACAUAAUCGUCCUUCUUGCUUUCUUGGGUUACAUAUCGAAUUACUCAUUACGCGUUAAUUUAAGUGUUGCCAUUGUAAAGAUGACAGAAAUUCGAGAAAUUGUGCACGAAAACGGAACAGUAAUAGGAUAUGAGCAAGACUUUAACUGGAGCGCACAAGAACGAGGACUGAUACUCAGUUCAUUCUUCUGGGGCUAUAUAUUUACACAAUUCGCAGGCGGUGUGUUUGCAAAACGAUUUGGAGGAAAUCUGAUUUUCGGCCUCGGCAUUGGUUUGACUGCUAUACUGACCUUGCUGACACCGCUAUUGGGCAGAACUGUAACAUCUAUGAUAAUCAUUCGUGUUCUGCAGGGCCUAUUCGAAGGGGUCACAUACCCGUGUAUACAUGAUAUUUGGUUUUACUGGGCGCCCAUUCCCGAACGGUCUCGAAUGAGUUCAAUAGCUUAUGCUGGAAUUUUUAUCGGAACCACUAUUACAAUGCCCUCCAGUGCUUACCUGGCAGAGUCCUUGGGAUGGGAGAGUGUCUUUUAUGUUUUCGGUAGCCUCGGUAUACUUUGUAUGGAUAGUAGUGGUUAGAUCUUCGCCGGACAAAGAUCGCUACAUUUCAAAUGAUGAAUUGGUCUAUAUUCAAAGUACAGUUACUACAAGCAAAAAUAAGCGAAUUAUUCCGUGGAAGGCUUUAUUAACAUCGAAAGCAGUGUAUGCAAUCGUUGCCUCGCAAUCAGCUAUGAAUUGGUGUUUUAACACAAUGCUCACACAGAUGCCUACAUUUUUGGCCGACACGCUUCAAUAUGAUCUCGCCAGCUCUGGAUUUCUGUCAGGCGCUCCAUAUCUGACAAUGGGCAUUUUCAUAUCCAUAGCUGGAUAUUUAGCUGACAUGUUUGUUAAUAGAGGGUACAUUUCGAUACGACAUAUACGAAAAUUGUACGUGAGCGGAGCAUUACUUGUGCAAACAAUUUGCAUGCUUCUGGCCGGUUUUCUCCUCGAUCCUGUUUGGAGUGUCGUUCUCAUUAUAAUUGGUGUUGGUUCGGGUGGCUUUGCAUCAUCUGGUUAUUCAGUAAAUUGUCUCGAUAUAGCACCUGAAUACGCAAGCGUUAUAUUGGGAUAUUCGAAUACAUUCACGUCGUUAACUGGAAUAAUAAGUCCGGCACUUACUGGUGUUUUAGUGACGCAACAAGCGGUAGAGGAAUGGCGCAUUGUGUUUUUUAUAACCGCUGGAAUGGAUAUAUUAGGAAGCAUCGCGUAUUUCUUUUGGAGUUCGGGAGAUGUGCAGCCGUGGGCCUAGAUUUUCGUUAUAGCAGUGGAAACGAAGUGUUUAGCGUAUUUGACGUUUUAUUAGUGUCGAAAAACCAACAAUUCAACUACUUAGCUUUUGUUUUCAUUUUGUUAAUGAUAUCAUUCAAUUUUUUUUUCUUCAUUUUUUUAUUAUUUUACAAAUAAAUUAGGAUUCAUGGAAGGGAUGAAAUGAAUUGUAAAAAAAAA